CCCCUCCUCCGCCGUCUAAAACCGUCCAUGGACUGAGAAACCGCUCUCCGCUCUCCAUCAUCUGCCGAAAAUUGAGAGCGGGGUGUGGUGACAAAAAUGCCAACUUGGGCCGCUCGCCUUCCGCCGUAGACAUGAGCUCGGCCGUGGCCGUCGCUUCUUCCACCCGCAACAAGUCAUUCUCACCAUGCGAAUCCACUGCAAAGUAGUUGCGAUCGCCGUGGGUUUCGGAGUUUUUCUACUUGUGUACUUCUUCGGGUUCGGGGGGAACGGCGGCGCCGACGAGCCACCGCCGAAGGAAGUUGGAGGGGAUCGGGAGUUGGAGGAGGUCGGCAGAUCCCCACCUUCGCUUCUCUCCGAGUAUGUGGGAAGUGAUGCCGUGGCGAAGUUGGCCAGAAAAUCAGCUACUGGAGUCGGCGAGCGUGUGGGGCGAAAAGAGGGCAAGGCGACUGGAAGAGAGGGCAGCGCUAAUGCAAAAAGUAAAUUUCUGGGCAAAGUGAUCCGACCUGUGACCAGGCGCAGGCAGCCUGAGGAAGUCAUGCACUUAUCUGUGGUGGCUUGUGAGAAACGUCUGGAUGAGACCCUCACAAUGCUCAAGUCGGCCUUGCUAUUCAGCUUGAAGAAGAUCAAGUUUCACAUUUUUGCCGAGGACUACUUGGCCCCUCAGUUUGAAGAAAGGCUGAACCAGUGGCCUCAGUCAGUCUCAGCUAGGUUCCAGUACAGCAUCUAUCCCAUCUCUUUCUCUGUGGGCAACGCUGAGGAGUGGAAGAAGCUCUUCAAACCCUGUGCUGCUCAGAGACUCUUCCUACCUGUAAUCCUGAAAGAUGUAGACUCGUUGCUUUACGUGGACACCGAUGUUCUGUUUCUGCGGCCUAUGGACGAUAUCUGGAUGUUUCUCAAGUCUUUUAAUGGGUCACAGCUGGCGGCCAUGGCUCCAGAGCACGAGGUGUCCAAGAUCGGCUGGUACAGCCGCUUCGCCCGGCACCCUUUCUAUGGAGUGACAGGGGUCAACUCUGGCGUGAUGCUGAUGAACCUGACUAGGAUCCGCAGAACACUGUUUAAGAGUAGCCUGAUUGCUGGUGGUCUGUUGUGGGAAGAUCUUCUUCAUCCGCUUCACCAGAAGUACAAGAACCACAUAACAUGGGGAGACCAGGACCUCCUCAAUAUUAUCUUCCACUAUAACCCAGAGAAUCUCUAUAUUUUUCCCUGCCAGUGGAACUACAGACCUGACCACUGCAUGUAUGGGAGUAACUGUAAAGGAGCUGAACAGGAAGGCGUGUCUAUUCUCCAUGGCAACCGUGGAGUUUAUCAUGACGACAAGCAACCUGCAUUUAAAGUAGUCUAUGACGCAAUACAUAAUUUUCCCUUCGAGGACAACAUGUUCCAGUCACUCUUCUAUCCCAUCCAGAACAAGUUCUUGGACACUGUCAACACUCUGUGUGGUCGGAUUCCCCAGGUCUUCCUCAAGCAGAUAGAAAAGGCGAUGAAGACUGUGUUUGACGCGAAUGUGGUGCGCCAUGUCAGACCACACAAGUGACUGACAUUGGAGAGCUGUACUUCCUGUAGAUUAUGAGCAGCAACGGGAUAUGUUGAAGCAAACUGGAGGUUGUGUGGGUUGGUAGUGCUGGACACUAUGGACCUCGUGGAAUGGGUUACUUUACAAGACGAUGGACUGCGAUGAUUUGGUGGAAUGAACAGACAGUGCCUUGCUAAGGUUUUUCCACCCCUUUUAACUGGUGUUUUAUAUUUUGCUAUGUUUGCAAUGCCAAGCUUUAAUGUGUUUUAUUAGGAUGGACCAACACAAAGGAGUUUGAUUAAGCACCCUAGUUUCCCUAGUUUUUUCUCCAGCCAAAUUUUUACCCAUUCCACUCGCACUGCAGACCGUUCCUUGAACUAGGGUUGCACCGAUUCACUUUUUUCACUUUUGAUACUGAUACCAAUAUAUGAGGUUUAGUAUCAGCUGAUACAGUACAGAAAAACAAUGCUGAAUUGACAUAAGCAGUUAUUUUUUUAACACAGACAUCUACGUUCCAUCUACGAGCUUUUUGUCAUGACCGAAAGAACGAGAUCAUGGAAGCGGCCGAAAUGGGUUUCUCCGUAGGGUGUCUGGGCUCUCCCUUA